CAGAAAGGAAAGGGAGAAGAAGACGGAGAAGACGCAGCAGCGUAGGUAGCAGACGGUUGUUCCCUGCGGUGUCUCCGGUGCUGCACACGCAGAUUCGUACUGAGACAUAGAGGACGAUGUCUACGGCUGUGAACAAUCCUUUUCAACAUAUAGUUGAGCCUCUGGACCCCAAGGACCCAAAGCAGCAGUUUUACAAUCUUUCCAAACUUGGAGAUAGCAGAUAUGACCGUCUGCCUUUCUCCAUCCGGGUCCUCCUGGAGUCUGCUGUCCGGAACUGUGACGAGUUUCUUGUGAAGCGCUCAGAUGUGGAAAGUAUCCUCAACUGGAAGCAGACUCAGACUCAAACUGUGGAGGUACCAUUCAGACCGGCCCGUGUAAUCCUCCAGGACUUCACUGGUGUUCCUGCUGUGGUGGACUUUGCUGCCAUGCGUGACGCAGUGCUGAAACUAGGUGGUGACCCAGAGAAGAUUAAUCCAGUUUGCCCUGCUGACCUUGUCAUCGAUCAUUCCAUCCAAGUGGACUUUAACAGGAAGUCUGAUAGCCUUCAGAAAAACCAGGAUUUGGAGUUUGACCGUAACAGAGAAAGAUUUCAGUUCUUAAAGUGGGGCUCUAAAGCCUUUAGGAACAUGCGAAUCAUUCCUCCUGGUUCAGGGAUAAUUCACCAAGUCAACUUGGAGUACCUGGCCCGAGUGGUGUUUAACUAUGAGGGGUACUUCUACCCUGACAGCCUGGUGGGCACAGACUCCCACACCACCAUGAUAGAUGGCCUGGGUGUCCUCGGCUGGGGCGUGGGUGGAAUUGAAGCGGAGGCUGUAAUGCUGGGUCAGCCAAUAAGCAUGGUACUGCCGGAGGUGGUGGGUUACAAGCUUCAUGGGACCCCAGAAAAACUCAUUACCUCCACUGAUAUUGUCCUCACUGUUACAAAGCACCUCCGUCAGGUGGGUGUAGUGGGGAAGUUUGUUGAGUUUUUCGGCCCGGGUGUGGCUCAGCUGUCCAUCGCCGACAGAGCCACCAUCGCCAACAUGUGUCCAGAGUACGGAGCCACAGCAGCUUUCUUCCCUGUGGACGACGUCAGCAUUCAGUACCUCGAGCAGACCGGACGAAAAGCAGAAAAACUGGUCUACAUUACAAAGUACCUGAAAGCAGUGUCCAUGUUCAGAGACUACAAUGAUGUCUCUCAGGAUCCAGAUUUUACUACGGUCGUGGAGUUGGAUCUGAGUACAGUGGUUCCGUGCUGCAGUGGUCCCAAAAGACCCCAGGACAGAAUUCCUGUUUCUGACAUGAAAAAAGACUUUGAAACCUGCCUGGGAGCGAAGCAAGGUUUCAAGGGUUUCCAAGUGCCCUCUGAGCAUCACAACACUGUGGUCCCCUUCCAGUUCAAUGGAAAAGAGCAUACUUUGAGCCACGGCUCAGUGGUCAUCGCUGCUAUCACCAGCUGUACCAACACUAGCAACCCAUCUGUCAUGCUUGGAGCCGGACUCCUUGCUAAAAAGGCAGUAGAUUGUGGCUUAAGUGUGAAGCCGUACAUAAAGACCAGCCUGUCACCCGGCAGUGGAGUGGUCACCUACUACCUAAAGGAGAGCGGUGUUAUGGACUACCUCUCUCAGCUGGGCUUUGAGGUUGUUGGCUAUGGUUGCAUGACGUGUAUUGGCAACAGUGGGCCGCUCCCAGAGCCAGUGGUGGAGGCCAUAACACAGGGAGAUCUGGUUGCUGCAGGCGUCCUGUCAGGAAACAGAAACUUUGAAGGGCGAGUCCACCCCAACACCAGGGCAAACUACUUGGCUUCUCCACCACUCGUCAUUGCUUAUGCUAUAGCAGGCACUGUGAGGAUAGACUUUGAGAAGGAGCCCAUCGCCAUUAACUCUGAAGGCAAAGAGAUCUUCCUAAGGGAUAUCUGGCCCACACGAGAGGAGAUCCAGGCUGUGGAGAGAACGUUUGUAAUUCCAUCCAUGUUCAAAGAAGUCUAUGAGAAGAUUGAGAAAGUGAAUGAACGCUGGAACUCUCUGGUUGCUCCCUCUGACAAGCUGUAUGCCUGGGAUCCCAAAUCAACUUACAUCAAGUCACCACCAUUCUUCAGUGGUUUGACCAUGACGCUGCAGCCUCCCAAGUCCAUAACUGAUGCCUACGUGCUGCUGAACUUUGGAGACUCAGUCACCACAGACCACAUUUCUCCUGCAGGGAACAUCGCCAGGAACAGCCCUGCAGCACGCUACCUGACCAACAGAGGUCUGACCCCUCGAGACUACAACUCAUACGGCUCUCGUCGAGGUAACGACGCUGUGAUGGCCAGAGGGACAUUCGCAAACAUCCGUCUCUUUAACAAGUUCCUCAACAAGCAGGCACCACAAACCAUUCACAUACCAACUGGAGAAACGCUGGAUGUGUUUGAUGCUGCAGAGAGGUACCAGCAGUCCGGUGUCCCUCUGCUGGUUCUGGCCGGGAAGGAGUACGGCUCAGGGAGCUCCAGAGACUGGGCAGCAAAAGGACCUUUCCUACUGGGUAUUAAGGCAGUUCUAGCAGAGAGCUAUGAGCGGAUCCACCGCAGUAACCUGGUUGGGAUGGGGGUGAUUCCUCUGGAGUAUCUACCAGGAGACACUGCUGACAGUCUUGGGCUUACCGGCAAAGAGCGCUACACCAUCAUUAUCCCCGAGCAGCUCUCGCCCAGGAUGAUGGUCGAUGUCAAGCUUGACACUGGGAAAACAUUCCAAGUACGGAUGAGAUUCGACACCGAUGUGGAGCUGGCAUAUUUCCACCAUGGAGGAAUCCUCAGCUACAUGAUCCGCAAGAUGUCUGAAAACUAAUAUGCUAAGUACGGCACAGAAAGAGAAACAUGUUUAAUUUUCCUAAUUUUCGGCUACAGUCCAACAUGGUAUAAAUGCAAUGUAGUAGUUGACAGAAGAAUACCGUCCAGGAAUAAUCCAUUCGUUUCCCAUGUUUGGUGCAAAGAGCCGUUCACAGAGAGCUGAUUUACAGCCAGAAAACACAGCGUAUGUCACGAUAUUCUCAUACUAGAAAAUGCUGCUACUAGUCGUCUUGGAGUUAAUUUAUUAAUUUCAUUAAUUUCAUUAAUUGAUUCAUAUGAAAGUACCGUAGGUAAAAAGUCAACUUGUUUCACUACAGAUAUAUGUCCUCCAGUAUUUCAUUCUCGUAAGACAGUUCCGACCUGCUCUCUGUGUGGAUCUUCGUUUUCUGGUUUACUUUGUCAUUGGGUGUGUAGUUUCACAGACUAGUUGUGCUUAUACAUGACACACCUGAACCAAGGCAAUGGAUUCUUCAAGUUUAUUACAACUCGGAUCUUAUAACAUUUAAUCGCUAAGAGCUGUAGCUAGGUUUCAGAAUUUGUACCUCUGUGGUACCAAUGAUAUGCUACACCACAGUGCCGCAGUCUUUGGUACUUUGGGCAUAGCAGUUUGACCACCAGCAGCGCUAUGGAGUGCUAUGUUUCUAUUGUGGGCCCCUGUUGUUGUUAGCUGUUGUGCAUUCACACGAGGAUGCACAUGAACAUGUGUGUACACAGAUGAUGUGACGCACAUUCCAGCCAGUGGUUUCUCACUGUUCCACGGAUCUACAGGUAUAGGCAAUCUGCCAAAAGAGGCAGUGAAGAAGAAGCCAGGAAACAUGAAAUAACAAAAGGUUUCAAACUUUUUCUGAAAAUCUGCGUUGCAGAUGCUGUAUGAAGGAGACGGUGCACUGUAUGCAACACAUUUGUUAGCGCUAAAACCGUGUGUCCAAAGGAUCAGAUACAGCACUUUAGUCAGAAAUGACAAAAAGAUCCAAGUUGUAAUAAACCAGAAUUAUUCUUUAGGAACAAGUACAUGUUGAGAUUUAAAGUUCGUUCUCUACCAAUGUGAUAAGAAUAAGCUUCAUAUACAUCUCAGCUUGUAAGCCAGCAUGGGUGAGAUCAUGUGAUAUGAAAAGCUUCGUCAAGGCUUGUGUUGGUGAUCGUGCUUAUUGGUGUUGAUGCACCUUUUUCACAGAUCACAGAGGAAGAAUCAGGUGUGUCUUGAGCCCAUGACUGUUCCGGUCUUCCAGCUAAACCCACUGCGGUGGUCUAGUGUAUUACAGGAAAGGUUCCCUUACACUACAUGUCAGCGUGGCAGCGUUGUUGUCAUUUCAGCCCACUUCAGCUGUUUUCGUUCAGUCUGCCCCUGUGUUGGUCUCCUCGAGGUGAUAGUAUGAAUCACCGCCCAAUAUUUUUAACUUUUCUUCAUCUCGUUGUCUUUGAUGAAAUAAAUAAAAGCAUGACUGCUUGUUCUUCAGACAUUCCAAACUUCAUUGUAAACCUGCUUUUGUCGAUGUGUCAACUUCAUGUUAUCAGCUGCCUUAAUAACUUAAUGUAUCUGAUCAUCUUGGUUCAAAGGUGUUUGUGUUUAUCCUAAAACACUGAUCAUUCUGUUUUGAUCAUGUUUUUGUUAAACUGUUUCAUGUUCUUUACAAUCUGAAAGCAUUAAGUCGGAAGAUACUGAAAAAUAGAAUAAAAUAUGAUUUUAUUUUUUUUGCUUUUUCCUGUCAUUCAUUUACCUCAGCAUUAUUGAAUUGUAUUCUAUCUGUUUUCAUUUUAUUUAUUUGUAGAAGGGAACAGCCGAACUGUGUAUUUUACCAGUCAGCUUGAAGCUCAUUUUCAUCAGCAGUCCCUUGGCCCCUAAACUUCAAACACUAACACAAUUACGAGGCUUUACUGGAAUGCUUUUCUUUCUUUUUUUUCUACUACACUGGAGAAUACGAGCCUCUAAGCAGUCCCUAAAAGCCCUUUAACUCCAUAAAUAGUCUGCCAGCCGAUGGUACACUGCUCUCACUGUUCCUGGAUUCCUGUCAGAUAAACUGACAACACGUUUUGAGAAGAAAGUGAGUUUUGAAGCCACUCACCAUUUACUGUGCUAUUUUUCGAAAACGUGAAAGGAGUGGGGUACGUGAAAGCUUCGUGGCUGGCUGAGUUGUCUCUGGUGUACUCUCCUAUCAUGAGUAGAGGGGGCACUAGAGGGCGCUGGGAGCAGGAUUCAUGAGGUGGUACAUACAGUGAUGGGAAAUGUGUCCUGAAAUGCUGACAAUGUGACCGCCAUUGUUGUAUAUCAGAUUUCACAUCUACGGCUUGUAGUACCAGCGGGGGUAAAGUCAUACAUUCUUUAUUGUGCAGUUACAACUCAGAAACUGGAAGAACCCUGGAAUCCUGGAUUUCCCCUCAAAUUUCCCUGUGAGUUGUUAUAGAGAGCAAAUAUUUAAAUUCAACUCGAGUUGCAUUAUGAGUAAUGUAGGCAACAGGUUUUAACAAGAAAGAAGGUGUGGAGUCAAAAAGGCAAUAUCCCUGCUUCUGCUGCAUCAAUUUUGCUCGUAUUUUAAAACCAUCCAUCGUGAGUGUUACAGAAAUGCAACACUAAAUCUGUGGAUCACUCCUUUAAUGCGGUUCCUCCACACUGCCACAAAUACAAUUCUGAUGGGGAAUUCACAUAUAUAGCCCCAUUUAUAUAUACUGGGUGUAAUCAGCUAUGAAAUACCAUGUUUUUUUAAAAUGCAAAUGUCACCAUGUUGUUAAAAUU